UGUAUGACCCAAGAUAUGCCCAUUACGUAAACCUGAAACACGAGAUGCAUCAGCCCAUUGCCAUUUUCCGCUUAAACUCCUUAAAACUCCGUCGUUUCGUUUCCAUUUCUCAACUCUACCGGCCACGAAUCCUUGCUCUGCCUUUACCGAUUUUGAUUGAUUCGUGAAAAUAUGUAUGAUAAUGUGGGACCACAGCCUGGGAUGCGUCAGCCGCCGAAUGCGGCACCAAACCCUUUUGGGAAUUCGUUUUAUGGUGCAAGUUCAGGAUUUAUUAAAGGUGGACUGGGUGCUUAUGGAGAGAAGAUUCUGGGAUCUAGCUCUGAAUACGUGCAAAGCAAUGUGAGCGAUGGAAUAUAAACCUAAGAUCAGUAGGUACUUUUCCGACCCACAAUACUAUUUCCAAGUGAAUGAUCAAUACGUGAAGAACAAAUUGAAGGUCGUUCUUUUCCCAUUUCUGCACAGGGGCCACUGGACGAGAAUCUCUGAGCCAGUUGGUGGCAGGCUCUCAUACAAGCCCCCUAUUGAUGAUAUAAAUGCUCCGGACUUGUACAUUCCUUUCAUGGCAUUUGGUACAUAUUUGGUUCUUGCUGGCCUAUCUUUAGGCCUCCAUGGAAAGUAAGUUUAUUCCCUGUGCCUUGUAUUCUGCUCUUGUUACACAUCUUAUUUCAUUCUGCUAAUCCUGUAAUCAGAAUUGGCCGGCCGUCAUUACGUUAAAAGUGAUUAUGAACUGAGUUGAUGUACUGCUACCAGAACAUAUUACUCAUUUAAUCUAUAGUUAUUUCUGUGUUA